GAAGUUCCCCUAGUUAUGGACUUUCCUUCUCUUCCACCAUCAAACCUCAUAACCGUUUAUUGAGAUCCGCACUAAAACUCGACAAUACUCACUAAAAAAACAAAGCAAGGGCAAGAUGGAAAAUAAACCCUCGAUCCCAGGUAGUAUGUUUACAUUCAGUGAUUGGAAAGCAGCGGUUGAACGUCAGUAUGGCAGGUUCAGGGGAUCGAAUCGGAAUUAUGGAAAGGAUCUGGAAGCAUGCAUUUCGGGACAGAUGAGGCCGGGGGUUUCUGGUGCGGAGGCAUAUGGUUCUACAUCUUGCCCUGAUUCCCACAGUCCUGGUACUCGUCUUCCGCAUCCGAAUAUCUCUUCUCAAGCUCAAUUUUAUCGUCGCUCAUACCCGGAUAGAUUAGCUGGAUCGGAAAAUGGAACAGUUGGUCAUGCUGUUAAUGGUGUUUAUUCCUCUGGGAAACUCCCAGGCUUUCAAUAAAUCACACAGCAGUCAAUGCAAUAUUCUAUACCAUCGCCGAGUGUUCAGAACACCAGUGCGACUUCGCGGGGUGUAGCCACACCCGUUUCAUCCAGACGUCCUAGCAACUCAUCGAGUCGACCACACGGUAUCAGUAGUAGGCCAAGCUCUUCCGGAUCCCGCGCGUCAAAUAGAGAGAACCAUCGUCGUGGCGGGCAAAAUAUAGGAGUUGGAUCGGAUUCUACGACCAGAUCGCGGAAGAACUGUGUAUACAAGGAGCUUUCGCUAUGGGAAGGAAGAUGUUUGAAAUAUUGAAGUGUGCUUGCAUAUUUGAAUUUGAGAUGUUGUGGGUUUCAUUUUCGGAUCAUUCGGAUGGAGUCAGAAGGGAAAAGUUUGAAAGAGUAUCAUGGGGAAUAAGAAGUCGAAAUGGUAUGAAGUGCAGUAUAGAAAAUUGCUUGGAUGCUUGGCUGGAUGCUUGGCCGGUGUGAAUUGGGAUAUGGAGACUGCUGGGGGUAGAAAUCAAAAGUACUGUUUUCAACAUAUACGAAAGAUUAUCGAGGGAUGUCAGUAGGUAAUGAGUGAUGAGUGUUGAUGUUUGAAAUGAGAGAAUUGAAUUUCAUGCUUAAAAUACCA